GAAAACGCAGAAUUCGCUGCUAUGACUGGUGAGCAAUUCAAAUGCUUAAUUUUCGUAAGUGCUCUAAAAGAUGAUGACUGUAUUGCGGUACGAACCCGUGUACUGAAGAAAAUGAAGAUCGUAUCGGAUACAACUACGAUUGACCGACUGGAGGAUCAUCCACUGAUCAGAAACCCAAAACAUCUUCUUUGUAUAAACUGCGGAGCAAGGACCCACAGGACCAGAAGAUGCGAUCAGACGACACAUGAAUGCAAUUAUUGUAAGAAACGCGGACAUCUGGAGAAAUACUGUUUGCGUGAACUAUUUGUCGAUGAAGCCAAGGACGUCCGUCAUGUCGCCACCUCACCACCUAAGGAGACCAAGGCAUGCCGCACAGCAUAUGUCGUGGAUGGACCACCUCUAUUCGGAAUGGAUUGGAGAAGCGACCGUGCCCUUUACAAUAUGAUCAUCCGCUGUUACGAUGCCAAUACCGUGGUAUCUAUGAAAGAUAUGCUGCAGGGAAAAUUUGCGGAGGUGUUUCAGCCCGGUUUAGGAUACUGCACGAAGAUGAAGGCGUCCCUCGUACUCAAGGAAGAUACAAAUAAGACAUUUCGCAAGGGCAGAUCAGUACCGUAUGCAGCUCUUCCUGCUGUCUCCGCCGAACUGGAGCGACAAGUAGACAUUGGAGUUCUAUCCCCAACUACUCAUUCCGAAUGGGCUGCACCUAUUGUUUGUGUUAAGAAAUCUAACGGAAAACUUCGUAUAUACGCCGACUUUUUAACUGGGCUGAACGACGCGUUGGAACCACACGAGUACCCCUCUACCCCCGAAGAUGUUGUCACUAAAUUGAAUGGGGGACUUUUCUUUACUGCGCUCGACUUCAGCGAAGCGUGCUUGCAAGUGGAAGUUGACGAUGAUGCCAAGCGACUGCUUGUCAUCAACACUCAUAAAGGAUUCUUCCACUACAACCGAUUAUCCCCUGAAGUCAAGACAGCUCCAGGCAUUUUCAAGCAGCUGAUGGAUAGUAUGAUCGCAGAUAUAGCAGUAAUUGAUGCAUACAUAGAUGACAUAGUUAUUACGGGGUCGUCGGUUGAUGAACACAUCAAACACCUCAUUGCUGCUCUGCGCCGUGUCAUGGAUUAUGGAUUUCGACUAGGUAUUGAGAAAUGCGCCUUUUUACAACGUGAAAUAAAAUAUCUUGGGAUGGUCGUUGUUGAAUAUGGACGUCGAAUGGAUACAGUGAAAAUUCGCGCGAUUGGAAAGAUGCCUGCCCCUCACUUAUCACAGUGCAUUCAUUUCUCGGCAUGA